AUGUUUUUUCCGUCGGUCUUUCUGAGCCGCCUUUGUCCUUCCCCGGGUCGCAAGAGGGGUCGAGAAGCCUCAAGCACCGAGGCCGCAGUGAUUGCGGUCGUAACGGCCGAAACUGUUGUGGUUGAGACGGUGGCGUUAGAGCGGGCGAGGAAAAGGGUCCUCUUGGAUCUCUCAGAGGACGAGGAUGAGGAGGAAGCUCCUUCGGUGGCUGUGAGUGAAGCCCCUCCUGCGACCGCCACGGCCUUCCCCUCCUUGUUUAUCUUGUUAAUCUGGUCUUUUCCUCAAGGCGAGGAAGAGGUCGAGGAGGAGGCUGCUGCCGAGGCGCGGGGUGUCGAGGAGGCGGUUGCUGCCGAGGCAAUAAUCCAGGAGGCUGCCAACCCCGAGGAGUUAGUCGCCGAGGAAGUGGUUAAGGAGGUGGCCGAGGAGGUGGCCACUGCCGAGGAUACCGAAACGCUGGGUGUCGAAGAAGUGCCAGCUACUGAGGAGCCUGCCGCAGAUAUGCCAGACGGUGAACUACCUGUUGUGGAACCGACACGGGCCACCCCGACUGAAGUUCCUUCGGCCACCCCUGUUGUGUCUUCCGCGCCCCGUCGUCCAAGCGGCAUCAUGUUUCGCUCACCCCCCCGGUCGUCACUGCUGUUAUCCACGGUCGUUAUGAGUAUGCCCCCAGCGCCGUCGCCUCAGGAGUCGGUUGUGGUGACCACGCAUGCAAUGGUUGAGGCCGCAGUUACUGACGCGCCGAGUCCACCGCCUGUUUCUUCGGCGGUCUUGACCGAGCUUUCGGCUACAGCAGCUCUUGGUGCGUCGUCGGCCGCUCAAAAGACCACCUCCUCCGAUGAUCUCGAGGAGUUAUACGCCAGCCUCCAUGACGAGGAUUCCAGGGCUGUUGUUGAAAAGCUCCGUGAGUUCCUCUUGUUUGGGGUUCACCAAAUGACCACGGCCGAGGCAUUCAUGGAGUUUAGGUCUUGCCUGGAUACGGCCAUGGCGAUGGGCUUGUUGGAUUCGGCUCAGCUGGAUGAGCUCCAGGUACGCCUGGCCGAGGGUGAGAAGAUGAUUGGUCGAUAUGCUGAGGCCAACCUAAGGAUGACCGAGGGGUGCUCGUUCGAGAAAGAGCUGUCAGCAAUCAAAGAACAAGUCCAACCUGCCAUGGCUCGUUUGAAGGAGAAUGACCUCGUUGUCCAACGAGAGAAUGAAAAACUUGAGCAGGUCGUGGCUCAGAUUGCCGAGCUCCAGGCCCGUUGA